UGUCCCCGCCCCUUGACUUCCUCCUGUUGGUUCUCCGGAGAACCAGUCCCAGGGACGGCGACGAUGGCAGUAGCGAUGGUGGCUUCUCGCAGUCUCCGCCACCUGCUGAUGCGGCGACUCACAGUACCCGCCCAGCAGGACUUCAGUGUUAGCCUUCGCCCCAUGGGCUCUGCUGCCCAAGAGCAGGCCUCCAGAGCAGCCCCCUGCGAAGCCUCAGGCCACAGCUAUGAGUCCCUUCUGGUGACACCUGCUGAGAAACACAUUCUCCAUGUGCAGCUAAACCGACCAGACAAGAGGAAUGCCAUGAACAAGGCCUUCUGGAGAGAGAUGGUGGAAUGCUUCAACAAGAUAGCUCAAGACUCUGACUGCCGGGCUGUGGUGAUCUCAGGUGCAGGAAAGAUGUUCUCUUCAGGUAUCGACCUCAUGGACAUGGCUUCAGACCUCCUGCAGCCCGAAGGGGACGAUGUGGCCCGCAUCAGCUGGUACCUGCGUGACCUCAUCAGCAGAUACCAAGAAACCUUCAGUGUCAUUGAGAAGUGCCCCAAGCCCGUGAUCGCUGCCAUCCACGGGAACUGUAUCGGAGCAGGUGUGGACCUCAUCACCGCCUGUGACAUCCGCUACUGUGCCCAGGACGCUGUAUUCCAGGUGAAGGAAGUGGACGUGGGCUUGGCUGCCGAUGUGGGGACACUACAGCGACUGCCCAAGAUCAUCGGGAACCAGAGCCUGGUCAACGAACUGGCCUUCACCUGCCGCAAGAUGAUGGCCGACGAGGCCCUGAGCAGUGGGCUGGUCAGCCGCGUGUUCCCGGACAAAGAGCUCAUGUUGGACUCGGCCUUGGCCCUGGCGGCCGAGAUUGCCAGCAAGAGCCCGGUGGCCGUGCAGAGCACCAAGAUCAACCUGCUCUACUCCCGCGACCACCCAGUGGCCGAGGGCCUCAAGUACAUGGCGACCUGGAACAUGAGCAUGCUGCAAACCCAGGACAUCGUCAAGUCGGUGCAGGCCAUGAUGGAGAAGAAGGACGCGAAAAGUGUCACCUUCUCCAAACUCUGAGAGCCCUCGGGUCCCCAGCCGGCGGCGCCUGGGGUCCGGCUUCCCUUUGCAUAGCGGAUGGGAGACGGUCUCCGAGUGUCCCUCAGUGUAUUGCCUGUGACACCGAUUUCAAGCCCAGGGCCUUCUCUUCACUCUUUGGACAAUAAAACAUUAUAAA